GCGAGGAUGCUGCGGGUGUGUUAGCUGCGAGCGAGGCAAGAAGCGUUGUGGGAACUGCGGGGAGCACGGUUUCUCUAACCCAGGUCCCCGAGUCCCGAGUAGGGGAUCCCCGCAGCCGUCACCAUGGUGAAGGAACAGUUUCGGGAGACGGAUGUGGCUAAGAAAAUAAGCCACAUCUGUUUUGGAAUGAAGUCACCGGAGGAGAUGCGCCAGCAGGCACACAUCCAGGUUGUGAGUAAGAACCUGUACAGCCAGGACAACCACCAUGCCCCCCUGCUUUACGGGGUGCUUGACCAUAGGAUGGGUACGAGUGAGAAGGAUCGUCCUUGUGAAACCUGUGGGAAAAACUUGGCUGACUGUCUAGGCCACUAUGGAUACAUUAACUUGGAGUUGCCGUGUUUUCACGUGGGGUACUUCCGAGCAGUUAUAGGUAUCUUACAGAUGAUCUGCAAAACCUGCUGCCAUAUUAUGCUGUCCCAGGAGGAGAAGAAACAGUUUCUGGAUUACCUAAAGAAGCCCGGCCUGACCUACCUGCAGAAGCGAGGACUGAAGAAGAAAAUUUCUGACAAAUGCCGGAAGAAGAACAUUUGCCACCACUGUGGUGCUUUUAAUGGUACUGUAAAGAAGUGUGGGUUACUGAAGAUAAUUCAUGAGAAAUACAAGACCAACAAAAAAAUCGUGGACCCUAUCGUAUCAAAUUUCCUUCACUCUUUUGAAACAGCCAUUGAACAUAACAAAGAAGUCGAGCCACUGCUGGGGAGGGCACAGGAAAAUUUGAAUCCCUUGGUAGUUCUGAAUUUAUUUAAACGAAUCCCAGCCGAAGAUGUCCCUCUACUUCUAAUGAACCCAGAAGCCGGAAAGCCCUCUGAUUUGAUCCUCACACGACUUUUAGUGCCCCCUUUGUGUAUCAGACCCUCUGUCGUGAGCGAUUUGAAGUCUGGCACCAAUGAAGAUGAUCUGACAAUGAAAUUGACAGAAAUCAUUUUCCUAAAUGAUGUUAUUAAAAAGCAUCGGAUCUCGGGAGCCAAGACCCAGAUGAUCAUGGAGGACUGGGAUUUCCUGCAGCUGCAGUGCGCCCUCUACAUUAACAGUGAGCUCUCGGGCAUCCCCCUCAACAUGGCGCCCAAGAAGUGGACCAGAGGUUUUGUCCAGCGCCUGAAGGGAAAACAGGGUCGCUUUAGAGGCAAUCUCUCGGGAAAGAGAGUGGAUUUUUCUGGGAGAACAGUUAUUUCACCUGACCCCAACCUCCGGAUUGAUGAGGUAGCUGUGCCAGUUCAUGUGGCGAAAAUUUUAACUUUUCCUGAAAAGGUGAACAAAGCAAACAUCAAUUUUUUGAGGAAACUGGUUCGAAAUGGCCCUGAAGUUCACCCAGGAGCCAAUUUCAUUCAGCAGAGACAUACACAGAUGAAAAGGUUUUUGAAAUAUGGAAAUCGGGAAAAGAUGGCCCAGGAGCUCAAGUACGGCGACGUGGUAGAGCGACACCUCAUAGAUGGUGACGUGGUGCUGUUCAACCGGCAGCCCUCACUGCACAAGUUGAGCAUCAUGGCUCACCUGGCCAGAGUCAAGCCCCACCGUACCUUCAGAUUUAACGAGUGUGUCUGCACACCCUACAAUGCGGAUUUUGAUGGUGAUGAGAUGAACCUUCAUCUUCCUCAAACAGAAGAAGCUAAAGCGGAGGCUCUUGUUCUCAUGGGGACUAAAGCAAAUCUUGUUACUCCAAGGAAUGGGGAACCACUAAUUGCUGCUAUUCAGGAUUUUCUAACAGGCGCCUAUCUCCUCACUCUUAAAGACACUUUCUUCGACCGAGCCAAGGCUUGCCAAAUCAUUGCCUCGAUAUUGGUUGGCAAGGAUGAGAAAAUUAAAGUUCAUCUUCCACCCCCUACAAUACUAAAGCCUGUCACCCUGUGGACUGGAAAGCAGAUCUUCAGUAUCAUCCUCAGACCUAGUGAGGACAAUCCGGUGAAGGCCAACCUCCGAACCAAGGGCAAGCAGUACUGUGGCAAAGGGGAGGACCUCUGCAUCAAUGAUUCCUACGUUACUAUCCAGAACAGUGAGUUGAUGAGUGGCAGCGUGGACAAAGGAACACUGGGAUCAGGAUCCAAGAACAAUAUUUUUUACAUUUUGCUGCGAGACUGGGGGCAAAAUGAAGCUGCAGAUGCAAUGUCCCGGCUCGCCAGGCUGGCCCCUGUCUACCUCUCUAACCGCGGAUUCUCAAUUGGGAUUGGUGAUGUCACACCUGGUCAAGGACUGCUAAAAGCCAAAUAUGAGUUGCUGAAUGCUGGCUACAAAAAAUGUGAUGAGUACAUUGAAGCCUUGAACACCGGCAAGCUGCAGCAGCAGCCCGGGUGCACCGCCGAGGAGACUCUGGAGGCGCUGAUCCUGAAGGAGCUGUCUGUGAUCCGGGACCACGCUGGCAGCGCCUGCCUCCGGGAGCUGGACAAGAGCAACAGCCCCCUCACCAUGGCACUGUGCGGCUCCAAAGGUUCCUUCAUCAACAUAUCCCAGAUGAUCGCCUGUGUGGGACAGCAGGCCAUCAGCGGCUCUCGUGUGCCAGACGGCUUUGAAAACAGGUCCUUGCCUCACUUUGAAAAACACUCAAAGCUUCCAGCUGCCAAAGGCUUUGUGGCCAAUAGCUUUUAUUCUGGUUUGACACCCACCGAGUUUUUCUUCCACACAAUGGCUGGCCGGGAAGGUCUAGUUGACACUGCAGUAAAGACAGCUGAAACAGGAUACAUGCAGAGAAGACUUGUAAAAUCCCUUGAAGAUCUUUGCUCACAGUAUGAUUUGACUGUCCGAAGCUCUACUGGUGAUAUUAUCCAGUUCAUUUAUGGCGGAGAUGGCUUAGAUCCUGCAGCUAUGGAGGGAAAGGAUGAACCCUUGGAGUUUAAAAGGGUUCUGGACAACAUCAAAGCCGUCUUCCCAUGCCAGAGCGAACCUGCCCUCAGUAAAAACGAUCUGAUCCUGACCACAGAGUCAAUCAUGAAGAAAAAUGAGUUCCUCUGCUGCCAAGAUAGCUUCCUCCAGGAAAUAAAAAAAUUCAUUAAGGGUGUUUCUGAGAAGAUCAAGAAAACCAGAGAUAAAUACGGCAUCAAUGACAAUGGUACAACAGAGCCCCGGGUUCUGUACCAGUUGGACCGGAUCACCCCCACCCAAAUAGAAAAGUUUCUGGAGACCUGCAGGGACAAGUACAUGAGGGCCCAGAUGGAGCCGGGCUCCGCAGUAGGUGCACUGUGUGCACAGAGCAUUGGGGAGCCCGGCACCCAGAUGACCCUGAAGACCUUCCACUUUGCAGGCGUGGCCUCCAUGAACAUCACCCUGGGCGUGCCCCGCAUCAAAGAGAUCAUCAAUGCAUCCAAGGCCAUCAGCACUCCAAUUAUCACAGCCCAGCUGGACAAGGAUGAUGAUGCAGAUUACGCUCGCCUCGUGAAAGGGAGAAUUGAGAAAACCCUCUUGGGGGAGAUCUCCGAAUACAUUGAAGAAGUGUUUCUUCCUGAUGAUUGCUUUAUUCUCGUUAAGCUCUCCCUGGAACGGAUUAGACUUCUGAGACUGGAAGUGAACACCGAGACGGUGCGUUAUUCCAUCUGCAUGUCCAAGCUCCGCGUGAAGCCCGGUGACGUGGCUGUCCACGGCGAGGCUGUGGUGUGUGUCACCCCCCGGGAGAACAGCAAGAGCUCCAUGUACUACGUGCUGCAGUUCCUGAAAGAGGAUCUCCCCAAGGUGGUGGUGCAGGGCAUUCCCGAGGUGUCCAGAGCUGUCAUCCAUGUUGACGAGCAAAGUGGCAAGGAGAAGUACAAGCUUCUGGUGGAAGGCGAUAACCUGCGGGCCGUCAUGGCCACACAUGGUGUGAAGGGCACCCGCACCACCUCCAAUAACACGUACGAGGUAGAGAAGACUCUGGGCAUCGAAGCUGCGCGGACGACUAUCAUCAACGAGAUCCAGUACACGAUGGUCAACCACGGCAUGAGCAUCGACAGGAGGCACGUCAUGCUGCUCUCUGACCUCAUGACCUAUAAGGGUGAAGUCCUUGGCAUCACGAGGUUUGGCCUGGCGAAGAUGAAGGAGAGUGUGCUGAUGCUGGCUUCCUUUGAGAAGACGGCUGACCAUCUCUUUGAUGCUGCCUACUUUGGACAGAAGGAUUCCGUGUGCGGAGUGUCCGAGUGCAUCAUCAUGGGAAUCCCGAUGAACAUUGGGACCGGUCUCUUCAAGCUGCUCCACAAGGCCGACAGGGAUCCCAACCCUCCCAAGAGGCCCCUGAUCUUUGACACAAAUGAAUUCCACAUGCCCCUUGUUACAUAGUCCAGGAAAGAGGAGACCAUCCCUGGUCUAGGCCCCUUGUCCUGUGUGGAAAAGAGCUCAAGGCCAGCGGUUGACUUAGGAAGCUUAGUCCUUCCUGGAACAGAGAUGCUGAUGCCCCCAGCCUGUGCCAGCCUUCAGAGAAGGCCCCCAGGAGCAGCUCCUCAUCUGAUACGGAGCAGCUCAUCUCAGUGAGCUUGGGAGAACUGAGGUGUUCGUUGUUUGGUUUGAAGCCUAAUCUUUGGAUAGCCCAACACCUUUUGCCCACCCUACCUCACUGGACUUAACAGAGGGCCCCCAGUCCGAAGUCACUCCUACUUCCCACCUCACUCCGUUCCACCCAGUGCGUCCCCGGUUGUGUCUUCUCACCUGACCUGGAGCUGGUCGAAGCCCCACACAGGCCAGGGCAUGUUCCCAGUUUUUCCAUUCCUCAGACAUGCUGGAACCUCUCAAUGUAGCAUACUCGUGUAAAUAUUGUUACCAUUAUUUAUUUGUUCAAUUUGAAGGAUUUGGAACUUUUGCUGUUAUUUUGGUUUUACUUUUGAAACUGAGAAAGUAUGAAGCCAGCAUCAACAUGUCACUGGAAAAACUGGUUAAGCAAAUGGGAUGUCUAGUAUUUGUAAUGUGGCUGAGCCCAUCAUGAGGCCAGAAGCUGCUCUGAAGCAUCUUUUACAGAUGCCUAGCUACUCUGUUUUCUUUUACCUCCUACCCCCAUGGGGCAGGCUCUACCUACUGACAAGAGUCACACCCAUUUCUCGUGGCCAGUAGAAGCUGUGCCAGAGAUUGGGGCCUGCUGAGAUGGGCACAGGAUGGCUUGGAGCCUCUGGGGCGUCCCCGUCAGUGACGAGUGAGACUGGCCCUGUGGCCCAAGCUGCCUGUGCUGGUGUCCACACCCUCCUGGGGUGUCUGCAUUCUUGCCCUGCCUCCUGGACCUGAGUAUGCAGGGCGGGUGCAGAACCAGCAGCCUAAAAAGUGCCCCAAAGGCAGUGGUGGGAGAGGGGCACCCCCAGGGCAAGCAGGCAGGCACCAGCUUUGAGGGGUGAAUGGGCCACCUAGACAGAGGACAGGAGGAAGCUCACCCUCUGGGGGAUGGGGUGUCAGCUGAAGCUGGGGAUGUUCCCCAACUGGCAGCAGCUUGAAGAGUGUAACUGUCCUAUGACAAUAAAAAGCACACGUCAAGGCUGGGAGGAGAGAAACAGCAGGAAGGACCCCUAUUUAAUUGUUUGCUCAGGCUUCCGCACAAUAACUUCCCCAUUGCUGGUGGAUUUUUCAAGGCUUUUGAGGGGGUUUUGUGCAACAUAGGAAAGAAAUGUAAGUAGCUUGUCUUAUAGAGAGAAGAAGGGGUUUUGCUGCUGGAGACAAUAUGUUCUUUGUGCUGAAUUUGCUCAUUAGGAUUGGCCCAGAGCCAGGGAGAAGGAAUGGUGAUGGCCGCAGCUCCCUCCCUGCAGAGAACAUUCUGCAGAGCCUGUCCUGGCGGCCCCUGCCCAGGGCCCCAUCGUUCUGACUCCUCCUUCCUCCCCGGUGGCUUAGUUGGAAGCAAGAUGACAGUAGAGAGUAGGGAUCUGACCCUGCUUUUUUGCGCCGCGCACUUGAGAAGGCCCUCCUUCUGAAAUGACACUGCUGAUUUAUCGGCUAAAACCCAAGAGGUGUGAGUUGAUUGUUGAGCGAGAAGAUGGUUUGGAUGAUUAAAGAAAUACAUGUGCUAACAGAAAAAGUAGGGAAGCCCAAAGAAUUCAAGUAAUAUUCUAUAGAAUGUACUAGUUGCUUUCCCAGGUCCUGGGUUACUGCUGCUGAGGUACUUAGUGUAGCCUUUGGUUCUUGGAUCUGCAUUAGAAUGAGUGCUUUCUCUCCCAUUCUGAUGUGAUUCUGAAUUACUACUUCCCAGCAUGGGUGAUUUUUGGCCAAUGCUGAAGUUAGAAAUUCUGUUAAAUUCUAAUAAACAUUGUGGUUUGAUCCUCCAGCCUCCCUGCACCCAUGAGGUAGAUCUAUAAAUUUCUCUUGGGACAUUAGUGAUAUGGAAAAAAAAUCAUUUUUCUUAAUGUUCAGUGCUCUUGUAUCUUGGAACUGGGUUAGUCUAGUCCAAAACAAAGGAUUAGAUCCAUUAACGAUCAUCGAUCCCAGGUUUCCACUUCUCGUGCCCUCUGAAGAGCCCCAGCUCCCCACCCCCUGGCCUGAUCAGACCCAGUGAACCUGAGGGGAAGGGGAAGGUGGGAAGAACCUAGCGCCCACCCGUCUCCAUGUGGGACACCGACAUAUUGAAAUGAAGGAGCCGGGAUAGUCCCCGUAAGGUGCGGCUGUGUGCAAUAAAGACGCCCACCACCCCAGGCGCCACAUCCCCCGGGGGUCUGCAAGGCUUCUGAAGUGUGGAUGCAGACGCGGAGUCGAGCGCAUCCAGCCCUGCCCUGGGAUACGCGGAUCCGGAGGCCGGCACUCCUCCACUGGGUACUGCCAGCCUCCCUGGGACCCUGACGGGCAAGGCUGGCUGGCACACCCCACUCUGUAUUCCCUACUGUUUGUUCCCUACUUUGAUCAUCUACUCUGGCCCUAGCACUUGGCUUUAUGCAAGCAUAAACUUGAAGACCAGAUAAGAAUGUAUUCUCCAGGGUGAGCUCAAUGGAAGGUUAGUUAAUAUUUUACUCUCUGAGCCUGUUUGCAAGAAAAAAAAUGCAUUUACAUUCUGCCUCUUCCAUUAACGGAUACGUAUUUCUGACCCUUUGCCCCCGCCCCAGCCUUUUUUUUUUUUAAUUUUAUUUUACAUUGUUUGUACAAGGGGAUUAAAAUAGCAGUUUGACUCAGUGACAGCCCCCUGCUUUGUUCAGCACUUGGGAGGUGGGGAGAGACAUUCUGGAGUCUCAGUUUCUGUGCCAGGGUUAAAUUAUGGUGCCAUGUUUCUAUUUCAGGGUUUAUCCAAGUGCAUUCACGUUGAUUCAUCUCUGAUUGAACCCGACACUGUGAUGAUGAUUCUUCUGGCAUUUUUUGCUGUCCCCUGGCAGAACUCUUAUUUUUCUGCUAAAUUUCAAAAGAGGCAAACUUGCUGUAUGUAAAACUAUAGCAGAGUCCCCCUUGUGGGUUGUGAAAUGCAGUGACUGGAAUGUCUGUCAGCUUUAACUCCUGAAAUAAGAAAUUUCCCGUGCCGCAAGCUCACCUUUCCAGGUAUUGGAGGUCAGCAGUGAGGGCCCUCACCCACCCUAGGGACUUGGAAUGAAGGAAAUGAGGUUGCCUCCCUGUCCUGUAGCUAAUUCAAACUCAACGGGAGGCAGUUGAAAGCCUCCUAAGCCUGUGCACUCGAAGUACCACGUGGCCAGGCUCAGGGGCCUGGCUUAACUGUUCUCUCCAUUCAUUCAUUCAUUCAUGAGACAGGUAUCAAGGGCCUACUACAUCCCAGGCACUGUCCUGGUACUAGGAGUACAGCAGCAAACAAAACAGGUUGCCAGAUAAAUCAGCAAACAAUAUAUUAAGAAACUGGUAAUAGUGGUUGCCUCUGGGGACAGAAACUGGGUAAUUGAAGGAUAGAGGUUUUUCCUCCUGGUCCUGAGCUCACAGUUCCGAUUAGGAUAACCUCCUUGCUGCGGGAUCUCUAUUCAAGCACUGCGCUGCUGCUUUUCCUCACUCCCUCUCAAAAGGCCCUAUUCCAACUUUGCGAGAGAGGGCCCCCCAGCAGGCUGGCCCCAGGGUGCCCCUGCCAUGCCCACCACCUCUGCCUGCUCCCAUUUCUGCCUGCGGGCUGUGCCCCCACUCUGGCUCCCGUACUUCAGAGCCAGCUGGAGCCAAGCGCUCCUCCAUGUCCCACCAUGGGUGAUUUAUUUAAGGGUCUCCAAAUAAUCACUUAAGUGUCACCAUGGCAACCGAGGAGUUACCAUGGAGACGAGCAGGAAAUGUCCCCAUGGAGACCCCUGGGAAACUCUCUAGGAAAUCAUUACCAGGUGGAGAGGGCUUGGGAAGGGGGGGCUCGGCAAAUAAGGGGGCCUCCGGGUUUUGUGUGCUGGCAUGAGAAGGGGGGUUGAAGGGGCCAAGUGGGAAAGAUCAGCUUAGAAGGCAGGCAAGUUAGUUCUCUGCACAAACUCUAGGGUCCCAUAUGAUAAAUAACAUCUGUUAUAUGCAGAGGCUAUCUGGGAGGAAAGGCAGGAAACCGGUAAUAGUGGUGGCUCCUGGAAGAGAGAUGGAUGAGAGAGACUUAGUUUUCACUGUAUGGUCUUUGUACUGUUUGAAUUUCUUUUAUCCUAGGGAUGUAAAUACUAAUUUUUCCAAAAUUCAAAAUAAAGUUAUUUACUGAGCAUUUGU